AUGUACAUCGUUAUGGAGUCACAGUUUGACUACUCAGUUGUAAGUACUUUUCAACACGCAGUGUCAUCCUCAAGAUUGUAUUUUGUAUUGUGCACUAAAAUGAAAUACAAACAACAAUUUCAGCAUGACAUGCCUGUUUGGCGGCGAUGGUGGUGCCUGUUGCUCCUGGAGAACAAUUCUUUGAACAGGUAGACAGUUUAAGUAAACUAGAUGUCCUAAUUAACUGGAAGACAAUCAAUAUAUUGUACUUAAAGACAUAUUGUCAUUACAGUUGUGGGAAAAUCUUCACCCACUGGACCAAAGAAUGUCAAGAGCUCAUUGCUGGAAAGCAUACUCCAGUCUUCAGUCUAAAGAGGAAGGCAGAGCAGCAGGACAUAGAGGUUAGAAAAUUGCCUUGUAAAAACAGUAUUAUCUCAGUGGGAGUCCUUCAAAAUGCACACAGUUGUAUGGAUCAACAUUGUCUCGAUGUAUUUGGUAAUUGAUGUUACUUUUCAAAUUGCCUUGUCAAGGAAACCAUGACGCAGACGGUAUCGGAUGUCCAAAGAAUGUGCAUGGCAGAUUCAAUGCAAUUCUGUGUCUACCAGACAUCGAACAACACAGGAGAGAGGUGUGUUGCAGACUCAAUUUAAUAAAUGCAAUUAUCGGGGCCUAUUCAGUGAUUUUCCAUGAAGUGACCACUUUUACAUAUAGUUUAAAUGCACGAAUCAUGCAGGAAAAUUAUUUAUACAUUCAAAUGUGCUGCAGAGGUAUAAUCAAUUGGACAGCGUGUUUGUUUAAUAUUAUGUUUGUCUCUCAUUUGAUCAGAUUGCUUUACCCUGAGGUAAACGUCAUAAAAUGGGUCCAGUGCAAGACGUGCAGGGGCUGGCUGCAUCAGGAUUGUGCUGGGAUUGAAAUGGAGCCGUUUGACUGCGGGUGCGAGGACUCCAUUGAGCAUCCUCGGUAUAACAUAAGUUAUCAAGGAAACAUAGUAUCAGUCAAAAAUACGAGGCUCAAAGGAUGAAAAAAUGAGGGCUUGCUCUUUUCUUAUUUCUCUGCAGGAUCAAGGAUGCUGUUGACAGUUGA